GACACAGUAUCUCUCGAACCUGUCCUCGUGUCUUGCCUCCACCGUCGCAGCAUUACACUUCUCGUACCCCAGACCACAAUCGUUCGACAUGGGUAGCAUCGACACCAGCCUGAAAGUCAUCGUCAUCGGCGCCGGCCCCGCCGGUUGCGCGCUCGCUCACGGGCUCAAGAAAGCAGGCAUCUCCUUCAACAUAUACGACAAAGGCGCCGACGUCUACCGCCAUCGUCACUGGGCUUUCACAUUGGGCUGGGCGCGACCAUACCUGUUCGAUCUCAUCCCGGAAGAGCUUAGCGCCCAGAUCGACUCAUGUCAAGUCGACCCGUACGUCGACUGCGCCGCGCUCGGUGAAGAUCGGAUCGUCAUCUACAACGGCCAGACCCGGGAAGAAGCGUUCGCAUUCCCGAUACCAAAGGCGCGCGAGAUCAACAUACGAAGACUACGCAUGCUGUUAGCCGAGCAACUGGACGUCAAGUAUAGCAAGAGCUUUUCGCACUAUGAGACGACUAGAGACGGCGGAGUGAAGGUGCAUUUCGAGGACGGUUCAACUGAUGAAGGCGACAUCGUCAUAGGGAUCGACGGUGCCAUGUCAAAAGUUCGCCGCUGUCUCUUACCCCGCGAAGGCAACAUGGACACUCUUCCCUUCGCCUUGAUGAACUUCAACGCGUCGUAUACCGCCGAACAAGCGCUUUUCAUCAAAGAACGCCUCCACCCACUCGUCGACAUCGCAAUUCACCCUGAAGGCCACUACAUCCGCGCAAACGUGCUCGACAUGCCGGACGCGAAAGACGCGAGUACAUGGACGUUCCAGAUCCUCUCCACCUGGCCGCUGAAGUACGUCGAAGACCACGAUAACGAGACCAAUCGCUUGAGUCGCCUCAAAGCGCAUGUGAAGAGAGACGGAUGGGCGGAGCCGUACAAGAGCGCGAUUGAGUGGAUACCAGACAACACGCCAGUAUUGCGCGAUCAACUGAAGAUAUGGAAGACGGUUCCCUGGGACAAUCACGACGGAAGGGUGACGCUAUGCGGUGACGCUGCUCACGCUAUGACAUUCCAUCGCGGGCAAGGCGCCAACAACGCCUUUUACUCUGCGCACUGCCUUGUAGAAGCGUUGAAGAGCGUGCAAAGUGGAAGCGCGAUCCUCAAAGAUGCGGUCACGGCGUACGAUGAGAGCAUUUGGAAGCGCGGCGCGAAUGAAGUUCAAAUCAGCAAGGCGCAGACGUUCUUCACGCAUGAUGGGUUGGACAAUUUCAUUAAUAGUCCGGUUAUGCAGUUAGGGACGAAGCCGAGUCAUGCCGCGAAGACGGAGGGCUAUAAGUAGAUUCAUUGAGGACUAGAUGUAAUCACUCAUCACAAUCGGCGACCUCCAGUCAUACGCUGUCCCCCGCAAUUGCCCGACCUGAACGAUCG